CAUCACUGGUGGACAUUACAAAUGCUUAUGGCAGAAGAGGGAGUAAAUGAAUGCAUUGCAAAUUAUUUUGUCUCAAUAAUGAAUAAGGAUUUAACCCCAGAGCAAUGUGGGCUGAAGACCAACAAACAAGAGGAGAUAGAAUUAGUGCCCACAAAUUUGAAGGAAAUGAUUCUUCAUGAUGCAUUAAUUCAGCUUUUAGACGAUGAUGAAAGUGAGAUUGGAGAUCUGAAAGCAAAAAUACUGAAUGCUUCUGGAGAUACUUGCGUCGCUGUCCAGUCUGACACAAUAAGUGCUUGUGAAUUUCACCCCAAAGAUGAUAAUAUUCCCUCUUAUAUUGAACACUUUGAGAAGGAUGCACAAGAUGACAUAAUCGUGCUUGGCAGCCUUUCACAAAAACAGGAUUUAAAAUGUCAAGAAGAAUUUUCCCAGAGUGAAAGAAAUAUAUUGCAUGCAAGAUCUAAUCUCAGCUUUAAAAAAACAGAAAGCCAGUUGUUGAAUGCAGCAAAUGCCCACAAAGAAGAAAUUCUAGCCAAGCUUGGCAACCUCACUGAAAUGAAUAAUGACUCAAAUGGAGCUGCGGGACUUUGCUGGAAGAUUGGAUGGCCGGCUAAACCUCAGCCAUUUCAGAUACUAUUUAAAUGUCUGCGUGGUGUGAAAGAUAAGAUACCCAAGGGCCACUAUGUUCUGAAAACGUCUUUGCUUAGUCGUCUUGGAGGUCAUGCUCUUCAUUGGUCCAAAGUACAGAAUCAACAAUGGUCUGAAACAACUCUGCCAGUAUAUCAUAAUGGGAGAUUCUAUGAUGUGGAAAUCACCGUAAAUCAGAGCGUGCAUACACUGCUACCCACUGAAAAGAAAAUCAAGUCUGGAAUGACUCUACUGGUAGAACUUUUUCUACUUCAUGGAAAAGAGAUUUACAUUGAUAGAGCAGUUGGAUGGGGUGUCUUUCCACUGUGUGACAACAACUUUAACCUGAUAGAAGGAAAAUUUAAAUGUCCAAUUUUAAGAGGACACAAUGAUUCAAGGAUUGAUCGUUUCAAUAAAAUUGAAGAGCUUAUUAUGACUGAUAUUGAUCACUGGCUAUGCAACUUGUAUUUCCAGUUUGAGGAAAGAUCUUUUCUAUUCCUGCAUGACUGUGCCCUAAUGCACAAAGCAAGGUCCAUAAAGACAUGGUUGAAUAAGUUUGGUUUGGAAGAACUGGACAGGCCAGCACAGAGCCCUGACCUCAACUCCAUCAAACACCUUUCAUAUGAACUGAAACUGAGUUUGAGAGCCAAGUCUUUUUUGUCCAACAUCUGUGCUUGA